GCCCCCGGCCGCCGGGCCUUAAAGUUCGGGGGCGGGCGCGGGGGGCUCCAAGAUGCCGUUCCACCCGGUGACCGCGGCGCUGAUGUACAGGGGCAUCUACACCGUCCCCAGCAUCCUCUCCGACCAGCGGCCCGUCGACAUCCCGGAGGACGAGCUGGAGGAGAUCCGGGAGGCCUUCAAGGUGUUCGAUCGGGACGGCAACGGCUUCAUCUCCAAGCAGGAGCUGGGCACGGCCAUGCGCUCUCUGGGCUACAUGCCCAACGAGGUGGAGCUGGAGGUCAUCAUCCAGAGGCUGGACAUGGACGGGGACGGCCAGGUGGACUUCGAAGAGUUCGUCACGUUACUUGGGCCGAAGCUGUCCACGUCCGGGAUUCCGGAGAAGUUCCACGGCACCGAUUUUGACACCGUGUUCUGGAAGUGCGACAUGCAGAAGCUGACGGUGGACGAGCUGAAGCAGCUGCUGUACGACACGUUCUGCGCGCACCUGUCCAUGAAGGACAUCGAGAGCAUCAUCACCAUGGAGGAGGAGAGCCACCUGGGCACGGCCGAGGAGUGCCCCGUGGACGUGGACACCUGCUCCAACCAGCAGAUCCGGCAGACCUGUGUCCGGAAGAGCCUCAUCUGCGCCUUCGCCAUCGCCUUCAUCAUCAGCGUCAUGCUGAUCGCCGCCAACCAGGUCCUGCGCAGCGGCAUGAAGUGAUGCGAGGGCCGGGGGGGGCGGUCGCCGACCGGAUCCCCCCCAGUGAGCGCGCGCACACGUACGCCCCCGCCCCCCACCCCCAAACACGCAUGCUGAUCGACGCCAACCGGGUCCCGUGCAGCGGCGUGAAGCGACACCGAGGCCGGAGGGGUUGGCCGACCGGACCCCCGGACCCUCGGACUCCCUCAACGCACCCACUGAUGACCGUCAACCGGGGCACGGAGCGACGCGAGGCCGGCUGACCGGAUCCCUUGACCCUCGGACUUCCCUAUCGCAAAAAAAAAACCACACGCGCGCACCGAUCGCCGCCAACCGGGCCCUAAAUAGGGGCAUCAAGUGAUGUGAGGGUGAGGGCACGGGCCAGACCGGACCCCCCCGAAAGCCCAGACUCCCCCAAAACACACACACACACACACACCACAUAAGCAAAUAAACAGCUCAGAGAACA